AAAACAAAUCGAAGAUGAGAUGGGAAUGAAUGUUGCGGAAAAGUUAGAAUUAUUUGAUGAUCUACGCCAUGUUCCAGUUUAUGUACUGAUAAAUAGCGAUAAUAGCGAAUCAUACAAUCCGAUAUCUAAAGAUGAAAUUGAUCGGAUCAAUUAUUUACAAAAAUGCCGUCUUCAACUACAAAUCGAAUUUAACAAUAUUGUUGUAUGCAGAACAUCGUACAGAUCGCUUGACGACAACUUUCAGGCUUAUUUUGGACAAAUUUAUAAUUUACAGGUGCAAGAAAUACCUGAAUCCAUAACAAUAACAAUUUUUGAGAAAAUACCAAAAACAGAAGCUCGUAAAAUUGCGAUUGUUGGUUUACCUCUACCAGAUGAAGAUAAUAUUACGGAUGAACGAAAUAUUGUGGAACCAGUGCAGUUCGCCAGUGAUUUAAUCAUAAAUGGAAUGUAUUCGAGUCUUGGUUCUGGUAAUCAAAGGCCAUGUAUAUCCGGUGAGCUAUAUUGUAAUGCCUCAUGGGCUAAACAAGGUACAUUUGUAACAAGCAAAUAUCAACGAUCUCCAAUAUUUACGUUACAACAACAGCAAUCACUCACCGAUACUGAUAAUUUUGAUUUGAUACGUAAGGAAGUUCGGCUAUGUUCUGAUGAAGAAUUUGAUAAUGAUAUAAGAUUUAAAGCGUUACAAAUGCGGAAUGAACAAAAAACAGGUGUUAAGAAAUUACUUCCAUUGUUGAAUUCAGAAAUUGAAAGUCAUAUGAUAGCACCAAAUCGCGCAAUAAAUCAAUCUAAUUACAAAACAAAAAUUGAUCGAUAUCGAAAUAUUGGAAAUCAAUAUGCUCUUAUGAUACGGAAUCGCUUUCAUGAACAAGCGAUAUGUGAACAAAGUAUAAUGAUGAAGGAUUUUAUACAUGAAGAACCACUUCCGGAAUUAUUCGGAAUAUUUCGUGCUUUAUCAAUUAGUUCUACUGAAAUGUCACGAAAACUGAAACCACUAAGGCAAACAACAAUUAACCGAAAGGUAAUGAGUGAUAUGGAAUAUUAUCUUAUCAUCAAUAUUCACUCAGCGAUAAAUCUUCCGGAACCUGAACGAGGAAAGUUACUAUCGUAUGUUGAAGUUUCAUUCCAGGAUUCAGUAGCGCAAACAUCAAUAUCUAAUGGACAAAAUCCUUAUUGGAAGCAAACUCUCGAAUUAAAAUUAAAUCGUCUUCAUACAGCUAAUAAUGAUUUUAGCACAAUUACAGAUUCCAUAAAAAUUGCAGUUUACGACCAGCUGAUCACUAAACUUGAUGCUGACGAUCGUGAACCUAAUUCAGUACAUGAGCAGUUAGAACGGCGAUGGUUAGGCUCUAUUUUUAUACCUCUGACAACUGUUUACUUCAGUGGCAAAAUAAAUGGAUGUUUACGUCUCCAAACACCACUAUUUCUUAGCUCAUACAGGAUUGAUAAUCAGCCAGCAUAUCUGAAAUUACUGAUAGCUUUUAGACCAGAUAUAUGUUUACCACAAAUUGCUGACAUCAAAUAUUCGAACGUUGAUGAGAGUAGCGUUAUACAAAAAAAAUCAUUAAAAUGGGAGCAAAAUGCUAGGAAUCAAUUCCCACAUCGUCGUUAUAUUAGUAUUGUACAAAGUACUACUGGCAAACGAAUAUUAGCAUGCAGAUUCAUCCGACCAAUUAAACCACCGGUAAACUUAUCAGCUUCAUCAUUGCAAGCCUUAACCUUAGCGCAUACUGCAUGUCACAUGAUUUCCUGCAUACCGUUUAUUCCUGAUCUGGUGCUCUCUGCAAGAUCCUGUGAUGUUUGGACUACCGCUGAGCGGUUUCUAUUAAUCGGUUGUGGAGUUAUGGAUGAGCAUGCCAUAUUGUUGUGUUGCUGGUUAUUAUAUCUUGGUAUAAAAUCGUAUGUGCUGUUUGGAAAAUCGCUACCGGAAGGCUCCAGAGCAGCCUAUGUAAUGGCAAUAGUUCCAGAUGGUACACUAAUUUUAAAUCCAUCCGAUGGUAACUGUUAUAAACUAAAUGAUCCUUUCUGUCCUAUCAUAUCUGUUGGUACUAUUGCUUGUGUCGGAAAUUUAUAUGGAAACAUUCAAAAACAUGAACAUCCAUCUCAAAUGCAAUUUGAUCUAAGCAAACGCAGCCAAUGGUUACCACUAUUUAGCAGUGACCAAACUGAAUUGGAAUCGGUGCAGCCGGAACAGAUUACUUAUUUUGAUACAGAAAAUGAUGCAUUGCUACAGCUUCGAUCUAAUCUGGAGCGUGAAAUUCGCUUAAAAUUUGAUCAAAGUCGUCUAUAUGGAAUCCCACAUUGGAAUCUAUUGGUUACUAGGAAACUACGUGAGAUUUUAUCUCAGCUAGAAAAUACGAAUAACAACGAACAGAUAAAAGAUGACUUAUUACAACUACAUAAUUUAUAUCAAGCAAAUGUCGUUGCUUUCAAUCAUCGAUACAGUACAGCUGAUGAAAUCAUAGAAAGAGUAUUAAUGCUUAAGAUACAUGAGAAUACUGAUCAAAAUGUUCAAUUUGCAUUAGCCAUUCAUCUGCAAUCAUUUGUUAACAAUAUUUUAUCAUGUUCUAUUGCUGUUGCUGCAUUGAAAUCAUUGAUAAAAUGA